AUGGCGGAGAAAGUAAAAAAAAGACCAUUUUUUAAUUUGAAGCGAUGGAAUAGCCAGAAGGGAGUAGAUGAUACAUCCCCUAACUUGACGCCACAGCCACAAACCACUCCGCCUAUCUUUAAACAAGCAACACAAAUGAGUUCUAGAACUAUGAAUUCCACAUCCGAAGCAAAACCAAGAAAACUUUCUGCGGGCGGCAUCAAAGAACUAGUUCAGUGUUCAUUAUGUCUGGAAGUGUUAAACCAACCGAAGAUGUUGUCAUGCCAACACACGUUUUGUUUUACAUGCCUGAAAGUGUAUGUUGCAGAUAACCUGGUCAUCUCUUGUCCAAUCUGCCGCACCAGAAUUCAAGUGCAAGGUACAAAUUUUGUAGAUGAUCUGCCUACAAAUCUCUACAUAAACUCUCUACUAGCUAUAGUGGGCAUAAAAGAAAACAAAGUGAAGAAAAUAGAAUCGCCACCAAUUUCCCCAACAAAUAUGCAGAGCAUUGAAUUGUUCGCUGGUGGCGUGAGAUGCACUCAUUGCCGAACUAUGUGUGACAAUUAUGAUGUCACUUUUUGCGAGCAUUGCAAAUUGAACUUCUGUCAACUUUGUUGGUCACGACAUUUAGAAGACCUGCGGACUCAAUUAGGAUCCAUCUUAAAGGAACUAGAUUCCGCUACGAACCGGCUUGAUCAUAAAAUAGAACAUUACAAGGACCGCUGUGAGCGAAUUGUUGAACAAAUAAAUAUAGCAACGGAGGAAAAAAUAAAUGCUAUUUUGGAUAUCAAAAUGCAAUUGUUAAGUAAAGCAGCAGAAUUACAAAAAUCAGGAGAUAUGUCUGCGUUAGCUCUGAAAGCGUCUUUGGAAGAAGCAAGAGUCGUUGCCGCUAGUUCUAUGAACAUGAAUAAUAACACAAAAGACACUGAUAAGGUGUUGACUUUCAUAAAUUUACAUCAAAAUACAAUACAACUUUUAUCGGAAGUCUCAAAAUGGGAUGCUGAAAAGUUUACGUUCGACAAAGAAAAUUUUAGCAUAGAAGUGGACUCGGCGACGCCCUGUGACGCCGAGUCGGACGACCCCGUGCCGGAAACGGCGAAACCAUACGACCCUAUGGAGAGCGAAGCAAGCUUAGCAAUAUUUUAUAGAUCUAGAAAUUUCAUACCUCAUUACGUGUGGAAGAAAACGUCUCGACCUUCCGGUGUAGGCGUUAGUCCAUGGAACAACCAUUUAUAUAUCUGCGGCGUGGACAGCCACAGCGUCCUUGUUGUAGAACGGACACAGGCCAGAAUCAUAACAAGAUUGUCCUGUGAUGAGAUGCUUUGUCCCGCUCAUAUUGCGUUUAUGAAGAGUUUAGGCGAGAUCUAUGUGACGGAUAAAUGGAAACACUGUAUCUACGUAUUUUCAAAAGAGGGCGACUACAUCAGAUGUAUAGGACAAAAGGGGAGUCGAGUUGGUAUGUUCCGAUCACCGGAGGGCAUAGCGACUGAUAACGCAAACAAUCACAUUUACGUAGCUGAUACUGGAAAUGAUAGAGUGCAGGUAAUAAAACCAGAUGGGCAAUUCAUAGACCAAUAUGGACUAGCGAAAAAAUUACAAUCAUGGCGUACAGACACAUCCAGCGUAUUUGAAACCAAAGAAGUAGUUUGUACGGAAUUCAAUGCACCCACGUCUAUCGCUGUUACCAACGACCGAGUUAUUAUUUUAGAUAGCGGAAACCGUCGAGUCAAAAUAUAUAAUAAACAGGAUAAGAACAAAAUUGUAGAAUUUGGGUCUUUAGGGCAAGGAAAAGGGCAGUUUAGGACACCUGAAGUAUUAACAGUUGAUCCUAUGGGCUUCAUUUUAGUGGGAGACUCAGGAAAUUGUAGAGUCCAAGUUUUUAAACCUAAUGGACAAUUAGUUAGAGUUUUUGGCAGACUUGGCAUCGAACCGGGCAAGUUUGGAUGGAUUUCAGGCAUUCAUGUAACAAAACAAUUAGAUAUAAUCGUUAGUGAUUCUAAGAAUAGUACUGUUAAUUUCUUUUCA